AUGUCUUACCACCUGGCAGAGCAAAUGGGAAUCGAAAACAAAUUUAGUGCCCGUGAAGGCAAAGCUGGUCAAAAAUGGUUAGAUUUGUUCUUGAGAAGAUGGCCCGAUAUUUUUGUGCGAAAAGCUGAAAAUGUUUCCAUUGCCAGAGCCAUGGGAAUGUCUAGGCCUGUAGUGCAGGCCUAUUUUGAGAACUUAGAAAGAGUGUUAACUGAAAAUUUACUUUUUGACAAACCAGGUAAUGUUUUUAAUUGUGAUGAGACUGGACUUCAAUUGAACACCCGAGCUGGUCAAGUCCUUGCCCAAAAGGGAUCUAAGUGCGUUCCAAGUAUUAGUCCAGGAGAAAAAGGCGAAACAAUAUCUGUCCUUGCUUGCAUUAAUGCUGAGGGUGGAUAUUUACCUCCCUAUUGUAUUAUGAAAGGCAAAAAUAAAAAAGAGGAAUGGAACGAUGGUCUGCCACCUGGUUCACGAAUAAAAAUGAGUGAAAAAUCAGCUUACGUUAAUUCUGAAAUCUUCUUAGAUUGGCUAAAAAAUCAUUUUUUGCCUAAAAAGCCUAAUGGAACAGUGCUAUUAGUACUAGACGGUCCUUCUUCGCACCCUUCAAAUCUUGAAACACUUCAAUUUGCAGAAGAGCAUAACAUCAUACUUUUUUGUUUACCACCUCAUACCACUCAUGUUUUACAACCUUUAGAUAGAUGUUUUUCAAAUCUCUUAAAGGGCAUUAUUAUGAAGCUUGCAGGUGGCCCACCUGGCACAAACUUAAAAACUAUUGAGAAGCCAAAUUUAGAAAAUAUUGAAAGGCCUUUAUCACCACAACCUGGUCCGUCUGGGUUACAAGAUUUACUAGAAAAGACUCCACCAAAGAAUGUCACUACUACUGAUCUGACACCUGGUCAAAUUUUAGAUAAAAUUUCUCCUGUUCCAGAAGUAACCCUAGCCGUAAAAAAGGUGUGA